AGAAGGUAAUGGGGAAGAGGCAAGGAGGGCUGAGGCAGGGAAGGCCUCUUGGAGGAGUUGGGCUUACAGAACACCCCUCGUCCCUCCUGGUUCACCGUCUGCAGGGUUCCGAGAUCACCCGAGCAUCGUGGAACCCCACCGUUUCGUCGUCAAGGGCCUAUUAUGUGCCGGGCACCGGACGAAGCGCCGGGUGUCCCUGGGGCACCCCCCAGAAUGCAACCAUGUCCUGUUCCCUGGCCGAUGUCAUGAGCGAGCAGUUGGCCAAAGAGCUGCAGUUGGAAGAGGAAAGCGCCACUUUCCCUAAAGUUGUGACCGUCGCCAAAGGACCCUUCAUCACCGGGGAUAACAUCGACACUUCCAGCGACCUAAUGCUGGCUCAGAUGCUGCAGAUGGAGUUCGACAGAGAAUACGACGCCCAGCUUUGGAGGGAAGAGAAGAAAUUCAACGGCGACAGCAAAGUCUCCAUCUCCUUUGAGAACUACCGCAAGGUCCAUCCGUACGAAGACAGCGACAGCUCGGAAGACGAAGUGGAUUGGCAGGACACCUCCGACGACCCGUACAGAGAAGCUAAACCGGUCCCUAUUCCCAGAAAGGGCUUUAUUGGAAAAGGAAAGGACAUCACCACCAAGCACGAUGAAGUGGUGUGUGGGAGAAAGAACACAGCUCGCAUGGAACACUUUGCCCCCGGCUUCCAGGUGGGAGAUGGGAUCGGAAUGGAUUUAAAGCUGCCCAACCAGGUGUUCAACGCUCUGAAGCAGCACGCUUAUUCCGAGGAGCGUCGCAGCGCCCGGCUGCACGAGAAGAAGGAGCAUUCCACCGCCGAAAAAGCAGUGGAUCCCAAAACCCGCCUACUCAUGUACAAGAUGGUCAAUUCCGGGCUGCUGGAGACCAUCACGGGCUGCAUCAGCACAGGAAAAGAAUCUGUUGUCUUUCACGCAUAUGGAGGGAGCCUGGAAGAGAAGGGGGAAGGGCAAGGUGUCCCCGCCGAGUGUGCCAUCAAGGUGUUUAAGACCACCCUGAACGAAUUCAAGAACCGGGACAAAUACAUCAAGGACGACUUCCGCUUUAAAGAUCGCUUCAGCAAGCUGAACCCCCGGAAGAUCAUCCGCAUGUGGGCCGAGAAAGAAAUGCACAACCUGACGAGAAUGCAGAAGGCCGGAAUCCCUUGUCCAACAGUCGUGAUGCUUAAGAAACACAUCCUGGUUAUGUCUUUUAUCGGUCAAGAUCAAGUCCCGGCUCCCAAACUCAAGGAAGUCAAGCUCGGCGGCGAAGACAUGAAGCAGGCCUAUUAUCAAACUCUCCACAUGAUGCAGCAGUUAUAUAAGGAGUGUAGCCUGGUGCACGCUGACCUGAGUGAAUACAACAUGCUGUGGCAUGCAGGGAAGGUCUGGUUGAUCGACGUCAGUCAGUCUGUGGAGCCCACCCAUCCCCACGGCCUGGAGUUCCUGUUCCGAGACUGUAGGAACGUCGCCCAGUUCUUUCAGAGAGGAGGAGUCAGUGAAGCCCUGGGUGAACGAGACCUCUUCAACGCAGUUUCUGGCCUCAACAUUGCAGCUGAUAACGAAGUGGACUUCCUCGCCGAGAUUGAAGCGCUGGAGAAGAUGAACGAAGAUCACGUCCAGAAGAACGGGAGGAAAGCGGCUUCUUUCCAGAGGGACGACGGAGGCCCACCGGCCACGGACGACGAGUGACACCCUGGUGGCCUCGCUGCUUCUGACUGCCUCUUUCGAUGCAGUGACGAAUCACAACUGCCCUCGGCCACCGUGACGCCGGACCACUGGCCAGACCGAGCGAAGGGAAAGCGGAAAGUGUGUGCAUUGGUGCUUCUGUGUCUGCUUUUUUUUGGGGGGCGGGGGGCGGGGAACACCCACAUGCCUGGAGUGAGGGUUUUUUAGCUCGGCACUGAGAGUGGAACGUCACUACCUCUCGUCUUAGGGUCAGGCGAACUUGGGCCUUCAAGUGCAUUAGAAUAUCGUAAUUUCAAGAGGGCUGUCGUCGGCAUGAUGCCGGACAAAUGUUUUGAUGGUAGAGAUCCCCGAGUACUUCCCACUUCCCGAAGAAAAGGUGGCCGAGUCUCUACCGCACCUCAGAAAAAGGAUCUCCCUGCUCUGCGGCGGGCUUGGCUCGGUUUGAUUGAUCGGAUGGUUUUUCCAAACAACCUUAACCGGCUCCCUCAAGGAAAAGGUGAAAUUCCCUUUGAACGCAGAGUCAGACCUUUGAUUUGGACUGUUCGGCUAAAGGGAAACUGGCCUUUUUUAGAAGUAGAAGCGAUCAGUGAUCUGUCCUCCAGCUGGCUGAUUCAGAGUCGUCCCCGACAAAGCAGGCCCUUCGUGCGUGCGAGACAAAUUCCAACUCGAGGAAAGUUCCAAGAAGCAAUUAAGAGCUUUCUGAGGGCGAUGCCCAAGAACUCCCAGUGAAAACCCUUUGGGGCGAUUUGAUUAACUGCUGGUGUCGACACUUUUUAAGCGCAGGGUGACCAGGAUCAAACCCAGAGGGUCGAGAGCCCGUUGAAAUUACUUGGUUGGACAAGAAUGUAAGCCUACCGUGUUUUACACAUUUAUUAUUUAUAUUUAAUAAGGUUUAGCUGAUCAUUCCCUGAAGCACUGCCAAGCGCAGUGGCAGCUAGCUUUCUGAGGUCACGUUCGGAGAACCAGCGUCGUGCUGGGUGGGAACUGUAAUCCACCAGCCCCGACUCCCACGGCGGCACCAUCCUGAACGUCCGUCCGUCCGUCCGCCCACCCACCCACCAAUAGAUUAGAGGGAAACCAGCUAACAUCCUCAACCUUUUUCUCCCCCAACCCCUCAGGGCCCCGGGCCCAGCGAGAUCUUCCUCAGAGCCGAUCACUGUGGGGAGGGAGGAGAGUGACCCCUCAAGAACACAGAUCAUCCCUUGUCAAAUUGUUCAUUUGACAAUCCACAACCCUAACCGAGCACGUUCGGCCUGGUUCUGCAGGUCUCAGAUCCCAAGAUGGGGCCCCGCCAUUCGCUCCAAUUGGUCUGAAUCGAUUUAAAAAUGAAAGUCAGGAGCUAGUUUGUCGCUGCCGGCCAGGCCUCUGAGGUGAAGCUGAGGAAACUUUAAAAAAGCCGCAUUAGAGCGAAUCAUAAAAAAGCCUCGUCUUUUCCGUUACAUUAGAGUGAAUCAGAAAUGGGUCCAGAGGAGCAUAUGUACACUCCAGGACCUCUUCCAUGGUGACAGAUAACCAAAUCGGGGAGGCGUUUGUCGGCUUUUUUCGCCUAAGCACUGUGCGUUCCUUGGGCUGGGCGGCCUGGCCCCGCAUCCCAGAACCGUUUCGCCGGGGCUCUUCUUUAAAAGAAAUGCUCAAACCCCUCAGAGAGAAAGGGAAGUGAAGACCAAACUGAGGGUGUCCGAGUUGAGGACAUCUUCGGUUUGAUCGACUACCCCACCCCCACCCUCGUCCAACUGGUCCUUAAGGCGGGGGCUGCCCAUUGCCAUGGGACACUCGUCGCGGUGUGCUGUGCAUCCGUGUGCCGUUUUUAAAAGAUUAAAAAGCAAAGAAGCCACUCUCCGGUGGUCCGUGGUGCGUUUGUGUCGAACCAGCCCAUUGCACCUGGAACCUAAAAUGAGCAAGUUACUCCUUGACCGCAGGCUUCGCUGGUUGUUUUUUUUUCCUCACCUCUUUUCCACUGGUUUUUAAAUGUCCAGUGAAGUAAAUGUUAGGGAGGAAUCUUCUUUUGUUUGGGAUCUUGCUCCUUUAACUUACUCUAAUCAGCAAUAAAUAAAAAUGGUCAGUGGGCUUGCCGCCAUGUUGCUUGUUU